AUGGAAGGAGAGGAUAAGAGAGAGAGAGAUGAAGAUCAAGCUGAAAAAGACAUGGCCAGCACCACAGAAGAACAGGAGAGGGAUGACGUGACGGGCCUGCAAAGAGAGCAAAUACCGCAAGGAAUGAACACAGGAGAGAGAGGAAGGAAGUCGAGGGACGAGGGCAUGCUUGGUGUAGGCUUCCCUUCGGAGGCUGAGCCUGGUCGACCGCAAGACCGUGAGAGUACGUCGCGGGAACGAGAAGAACACGUACCUCAUGAUCUUUUUGCAUGUGAUCGCCCCUUUAGUUUAUCAAAGGGAGUUCCCGCACGUGCCACACAGGAGGCAAAACAACACACCUUCCUACAUUUGUGCUCUCCCCUCUUUUCCGAAUCUGCUGGGACUCGGUCGGUGAAUCCCGAUGACAAUGAGGGGUCACAGAGCGACACAGAAGGAGGAGAAGGCGCAGGAGCACAAGACGGCCGGAUUCGUGUUUCUGGUGUCAGAAGGGCGAAGGAAGCGUUGGAGAGUCAACGAAGCAUAGCGGGUCCUUCUUUUCAACAGGAUGACCCAACAGAAAGUCAUGAACUAGAAAGAGAAGUCAACGAGGACGCGUUUCACCCGUCUGGUCGAACUUCGCUAUCUUCCUUGCCCUCUCUAGGACGUAGUCAUAUCCCGCUUGUUGAGUCUCAGUGGUUCUCCGGCCGGCCUCUCCAUUUUCAAACGCAGAACGACCUCCGUCUUUUCCCCGUCAGUCCUCCUCUUUCGUUUUCGUCACCCGGCUUGAAGCGCAAGGAAAGAGGUAAAUCGGGACUCACCCUUCCAGUGAGGGAACCCGAGGAAGGGGAGAAGCAGCUUGAUAUUGUCGCCUCUUUCGCCCGUUUGAUAAAAGACAUCGGCAGGCGCACAUCAACCAGACUAAGCCGUACAGAUCAAGGGGAACCAGCCUCCGUGGGAGAAGGCGGAAGAAUCGGUCUGCGUUGGGGGACGCCGGGUUCUAUUGGAACAGAAUCUUCGAGCGAAGAAGGGAACUCUACCUGGAGGGAAGAGGUCGGCGAGGAGCCAAACGAACGCCGAGUUGGCGAAUCCUUGAAGAACCUAUCUGAGUUGUAUUUGGACCCCAGUUUAUCUGACAUGAGGUGGGAAGAAAACAGACGCGAAAGGUCUCUGGAGGCGCCGAAACUGUCGAAAGAGGCAAGUCAUGGAGCAAAUCCAGAAGAUCAGGAGCGCCAGGAGACACGCGCCCAGGGAGAAUCCAGAGACGGGGCUUCAGCCACGCUGCAGAGGAUAAGAAGACGAACAGGCAUAGAAGGAACCAUGCCAUAUCGAGGAAACGAAGUUACGACGCACACCCUUGAGAGUGUACAAGAGCAAGGUGACCGUGAUGCGUCAAGUUUCACUUUUCAGAAAGAAACGCCAUUCUUUACGCUGUUUUGUCAGGAGCUGAAUGCGUGUGGAAGAGUGCGGGGUGGGACUGGAAAGGGAGAGCCGGUAGAAAACGUGAUGAGUGAAUGCCGAAGGAACACACGUUCCUCCUCUUUGCCCGCGUGUUCUUCGUCCUCUUCCUCUCGAAUCUUUUCGGACUCUCCGCUGGCGCGAUUCCGGCUUGAGACCAGACACCCGGGUGGCAUAACGUCUCGUUCUUCGCAGCUUCCAGCACUCCUGUCAUCGUUUCCGCCGCGAAUCGCCACCCAGUCGUUUCGGUUCAGAAGACGAUACAGUCACGGAAAUGUUCCCGAGGACAUAAUAUCUGCACCAUCGCCCGCUUCGGCUUCUUCCCCUCCGUGUUCCUUUGCGUCUCCCUUCAGAUGCCGGAAACAUAGUAGGGGCAGCCUUUGCUCGACUUGUCCAAUACCAUCGUCUUCCUCUGUUUCUCGCUGCACUGACUCUCCGCGUAGGACUGGAGGCAGCGAAAGUGACCCGUGUCGUCUCUCUCCCGCAGCCUCUUCCCUCGCGCUGCUGUCGCCAUCUUCCUCGUCUUCGCCCCGAAUUGUUCUGCAUGUUGAAGCCCUUUCAGAGUCCUAUAAGGAACCCGAGGGUGGACUGUCUUCCGCUGCAUCUUCCUUCCACAGUGCGUCUCCUGAAUCAACAUGUGCUGUCUCAAGAACACGAUUGAGAAGGACGGAGAGACGAGGAGAAAGUAUCCGUCGAUCGUCAGGGAACACAGGCCGAGUGUCUCCUCAGUUGUCUCGCGCCUCGCCUGCUUGCCGUAGGAUCCGCCGGAGAAGCGGAGACGCACUAGGUGAGCACCGAACGGAGGCGGAGCCAAGACAGCCCCCAAGAGGGAGAAAAGGGGAACGGGAACGAACAGACAAGUCAGCAAGAGGUUCAACAGACAAAGAAGAAGCAAAGAGAGGCGAGCAUGCAACCAGGCCUCUCUUCGAGCGUCCACUGCGACUGUCGUCCUUAGCCGUCGACAAAGUUUCUGCCGUGGGGGAAAGUGAUAGGGAGGUAGAGAAUUACCAAAAGACAACCUCUGCUUCAGAAGUUGCCGGACAGAUUUCGGGGUUCAAAGAAAAAGACAUUUACGUCCUCUCUGGCCACAGUGGAGAGGAGAACCACGCCGCGUCCUCCCCGUCGUCUCACAGCCACACGCCUGUCAGCACACCUGAGGUGCCUGCCACGGCUGGAGGUUCGGAAUGCUUUCACAACGGCAGAACGCGGGUGCUCUCUUUGUGUCGGGAAACGGGUGCUAACUCACAGAAACCUUUUACCUUAAUUCCGGCGCCAAAAGAGGGAAAAUGGAAAGAGGCCAAGGAACGCAUAGAGGAGAUAUCCACCGUCAACGUGAGGGAAGCUGUGCAGAAAUAUGAGAGAGUGGGGCCGCACGUUUCCUUAUCCAAAGAGGAACUGGAGGGCGUAGGGACAGAAAGGGAGAACAUGGGAGGAUGCACAGUGCUGGUAAAAAAACCAAGCGUCUCGACGCCAGAUGAAGGCCUUUUCCCCUUUCCAUGCUCAAACAGACCGCAAGAGAGAAACAAGAUUGAAGACGGGGAGAGAGAUCAAGGCAAGCCCGAACGAGAAGAGCACGGCGAGUCGUCGUGGAAACAACCGGGGUCAGAAACUGACGAGCACCUCGUAAGAAAGGAAUGCGUUUCGAAAGAUUCACCUGAAAACCGUCUCCCACUGUUUGCACUGUAUCUGCGACAGCCUAUCGCGGAACUUCCAUAUGUCGGUAAAGAAGGAACAGGAGACGAGACAAGAACCGAAGGAUGUAGGAGAGGCGAAGCGACGCAGAGGGAGGCGAGCCACAGAGGACAAGGAAUCGACAUGGGGAAGGAACGGAGAGGAAGCUACGGUGAUGGAAACCAAGCAGGAACAGCGCAGCCCGGAAAGGAACCCGUGGCGGAAGUGAACGCACAAGAAGGACAACGAUCGCGACAGGCCGAGAGAUAUCCACCGACUGGAGGUGACGGAGAGGAUAACCAAAGUUGUUCGAAGCUUCUACCCCCCGGAGGUGCACCGUGUAAAGUACAGAGAGAGAAUACUGUGCUCUGUGGUCUUACACCUUUGAGCUCUCUCCUGGUGCAAAAGAGUGCUGUUGAAAUGUGCGAUGACGCCGAAGGUCGGGAAGUACUUGCACCGGAAAAAACACAUACAAGAGACAGACAAAGAGAGACACCUAACAGCGUCCCAAUUAACCGAGUCGAUGGAGGGGCGGAACUGGCACAAGCGAACGAGGUGGGAGGGAAGAGAGAAGGAGAGAGGAGACGGGCAGCAACGCAACCAGAGGAUUCAAAAAAGGCAGAGAACGAAGGGGAGGAAGCAGGCAUGCAGGACCACAGUGGCAAAGAAGAUGAGACGGACACAAACACUUCAUAUGAGAGUUUGCAGGAGAAACCGGACGGCGUCGAAGACAAUUGCCCGUCGAAUUGUAGAAAAGAGAGCGAUCCAAGUUGUUUAUCUGAUUCCCAAGUUCAAUGCCUUGCAGAAACGUUUUGGGGGUUUUGCCGCGCUUCUGCCUCUUCUUCUCUCCCAUCGUCCGUCUCUUCCUCAUCUCCGUCAGAGCAUUCAGGUUCCGUUUCGCCUCUGUUCGCUUCCCGCGUUACCUCUCUGUCCUCAUCUGUUUCUUCCGUCUCCUCGCCUGCUCCUUUCUCACCAUCAGUUGCGACACAUUCUUCGAGUCCAUCGCCUUCCGCGUCGCCUCGAUCCUUGUGUUCGUCUCUCCUUUUUGAUGGCGACGUUGAAAGCGGGACUGAAGAACAGCGGACCUCUCCGGCUUCUCCCAGCUCUUUGGGUUCUCCUCGUGUCUCCACAGGGCGGAGCACCGGCGACCUCAGUGGCUCUUUGUCACGUCGGUUCUGCUUUUUGCGGUCCUCCUUGCUUCCCAGGAGGGCAAGGGCGAAUGGACCAGGACAUAAAAAGAAGAGAAUCACCGUGAGGAAAGCUGCAGCGACACCUGUCCGACCCCAAAGUCGACAGGACCAAAUAACUGUGUCGAACACGCAUGCAGACAGCGGGGCUACGAAGCUAGGUUCUCACCGGUCACGCAAAGAGGAAGAUGUCCCAGGCCCUGGCGAGAACCCCUUCGAAGUCGGGAUGGACUGUGGAAGAAGCGUUCGCGACCAAGGGCGCUUUUCUGCAUGUGCACUGUCUCAGUCUUCGUCGUCGCCCCGCGUUACGCCGUUUUCCUUGUCUUUGUCUCCGUCCCCGACAGACACUUCUUCCUUACCUUUGCCUCGCUGUGAGCGCACAGGCCUUUCUUCGUGUUCGCACCGAUCAAGCCGAGAUGGAGUGGCAGUCUCACUCGAUCCACCUCUCUUUGUUAGAGUGGCUGCUACCGCAACGUCGAUGGACAUGAGCGCUUAUCCGGAGUCUUCAAUGAGUGAAACCAAAGCAGGAAAUGGUGGAGAAAUGAAGGACGCGAAGGACGCACCACACAUAUUCAGAGAGCAAUCGGAUGGAGACGGAAGAAACGCAAACCAAGAGGCACAAGUCUCUAGAGAAUGCCUUGGAAGUCGCGGCGUGGGGGAGACGGAACGACAGAUGUGGACCGCGGGCUUGGGACGCCCAGAUCGGGCCGAGGAAAGAGCAGAAGAUGUUGAAAAGCCGGGAGAGCAUGGGCAAAGCGAAGAACGGCGUAAUCGAGGCAGACGGCGACCAGAACGCAGUUGUGCCCUGAAAAAAGAGAGUCAAUACCAGGAAGCAGACGCGCACACAACUUCGACGCCCUCAGGGACACCGGCGUCUCGGCACGUCGCAGUCGGAGAAUGCCAUCAUGCUUUCUCUGCUUCGUCCUCGUCGGCUUCUUCCCCUGAGCCCGCUUCGGCUUUGUCUGUUUUGUCGUCGUGUGAAUUGCCCGCUGUCGCCGGUGUGUUGUGGUCUCCUGCGUCGCCUCGAGGUGUGCCUUUGGCCCUUGACAGCGACGAAGAACCUGCUGGGGAGGGGGCUGGAACGGCAGUGUGCGCAUGUUAUCGAUUCUCUGAGGAAGAGGAAGAGAACGAAGUCGAGCAUUACCACGAAAAUGAGGGGAGGAAGGAACAAUGUGGCCAAGAGGUUCUGCGAAAAGGGCAGAAUCCGGGAGAAAGCGAGGGCGGUGAAGAGACAACGAAAGGCGGAGCCGCGAGAGAGGGAACGAAGCGGACUGUGGAGCAGGCCGAACAAGAGGAUAGAGAAGACGAUCUGAGUCCCGGAAAAUACGGCCGAGAACAAGACGAGACGAGCUCAUACAAGGGAAAGAUGGUAGCCGCAAGUGAAGCGGAGAGGAACGAAGAUGAUCGUGAGGCAUCUCACACUGAGGACGAGCGAGGGCGUCACGACCCAAAUAUCUUGAGGACCCGCAGAACUCGAGAAUGCGAAGAGGACGCUUUGCGUCCAGUCACGCCGUCUUCCUUUCCACCCCAGUUUGCUGGCAGGCCAGCAUCCAGCCGGGCAGCAUCUCGCCAGUCCGUCUCUGCGCCUUGUCGGCGUGAUCCGGAUCCGCAAGUGGUUGUGGAACUUUCAGAUGAGGAAGGAGACACUUUCGGCGACGCCGCCUCUUCAGACGCCUCGCGCUUCUUUUUGGUGGUUCCCAGAGCCGAGGUCGAGGAAACAAGUGAGAGUUGCCUUACUACCAACAUCGGUCUCGUCUACUCUUGCUCAGAAGAGCGGGAAGAAACUGGUCACGCGUUCCCUCUUUCCGUGCCGCCAGUUCUGGUGACAGACGAUGAACGCGUCAGCGAACGGGAAGUGUUGGUAGAGUCUGCUUGGGUUGCCACGGAGAGGCAGAGACACGAAGGCGCCUGUCUCCUGCCGAACACGAAGGGGGGCCGAGAAGCGGCAGGGGGAGAGGGCCCCCAACUCGAAGAUGCAGCCGUCCUCCUGACAGACGAUGACUCUGAAGCCGAGGAGGCGAACUCUUCGGGAGAACUUUGGCGACCACCGCGCUUGCUGCUCGAGGACAAAGUAGAGGAAAUAGAGCAAGAGGCCAUCAAAUCGCCUUCGGAUUCAGGGAGCGAGCUCGUGUGUCGGUUCGUUGUAGCUGAAAAAAGGAGUGAGGGUGACGUCGGAGACAGAGCUGAUUCGUGGCCUGCGAGGGAGGUGGAUGAACAGAUUCAUUCCAUGCGAACCGGACAGCGACAGGGUCGUGGUGCUUCUACGGCGACGGAGAUUUCCUGUCUAGCGCGACCGUGUGAGUGUGUUGCGCGAAAGUCCGGUGAAAGGUCGGAGGAUGAUACUGCAACCGUUUCCCCGGCACAUAACCGAUUCGUUAUGCACCCCGCAGUCGCUGCACCGCCUCACGAUUACUCGAGUUCUUCUCCGUCUUCAUUUGAUAAGGACCAGCUCUGCCCCCGUCGAAUGAGAGGCGAGUGGACGAAGGCACAUGGUGGUGGAGAGACAGAGGCGACGGGAGACAUCGAGGAGCGUGUGGCGAGAAAUAAGGGAAGCAAGACAGAUGGAGGCAAUCCCGAUAGAGAGCCAAGGAGGGAGAAAACAGGCCUGGGACACAGAGGUCGAGUGGCUGUUGACAACGCGGCUGCUGCUGUUCCUCCGCAUUCGGUCAAGCGUCCUGGCGGCAGGACCGCAGGAAAAACGAGGCAAGAAGACAGACAUGGAAAAGGCAAACGAAAACAGGCGAGAGGGGCAGACCUUCGACAGACUGAAGGAGCCGCCUUAGAUCACGAGAGACGACCCAAGGAGCACAGGGGACAAGCGCGUGGGCAUUUAAGCAGGCGAGAGAGACAAUCAGACACACCCGGGAAGCUAUGUUGGCGCGUGGACGAUUCGAGGAGAAGCGACGGGAGAGAAGGCAGGCUCACCUGGGGGACGGAGGCCGAAAUCAGCGACGGCGGUCCCGAUGCCCAGAUGAAGCGCGACCCGAACGGUGAACAGCUAAAAGACGGCACUCGUGAAGCUCUGUAUGCGUGUAGCAUUUCUGACGAAGAGGCACAGUCUCACGACUUUGACGAGGAUGCGAAUGGGGAAGCUCUUGCGUUUCAGGCGGCCUCUGCUGGUGCCCCCACGACCACGGAUAUUGUCGCUGGUUGUUUUCACUCAGAUCCUUCUCGAGUUGGGACGUUCCACUCACGAUCUUUCGCGCCUUCUUCUCCGGCGUCGCCCUUCUCGUCAGCUCAAGUCUCUUGUUCUGUCGCGUCUGUGGCGCGGCGACGGCACUCGUUGGCUCUGCCCCUUUCGUCGGGCGGCCCCGGCUCUGUGACGCAAGCUUCUGAGGAGGCAGAGGUCUUCUGGAGGCGCAUGUCUACAGGAGAAGUCGGGGCGAGAGAGAAACGUUCACAUUCAAGCAGUCGUGGGAAGCGUGAGGAAGCGCCUUUUCCUUCCCGCAUAGGCAGGCGUCCGCCUCUGCCGUCACCGAGUGGCGCCUCAUUCAGGGUGUCUCUCUCGAGGAUCGGUGAAGAUGAGGAGGGAGAGACACAAGGCCGCGAAGAAGCGCAGAUGCUGAUGCAUUCAAGCGUUCUGCCAUUGAAGGAAGAGGCAGGUUUUCCCACUGCAGGCAAGUCUCGCGUUGCGUCACAUUCCAUGCAUCGUGGUGCAAGCGUGCCUAAGGACGACGGUUCAACGACAAGGCCGGUUGAGGCUACUAGUGAAGGCGACGAAGACUGGGUGCUGUCUGCAGGGGUGAAAGGCGAAAGGAAGGCUCCAGGAAAGCCGAGGCAGCACGCCGGUAACGACGAACAUGAGAGGGGAAGCGGAGACGAGCGACACAGGAGACAGAAGCCCGGAGAAGCGAGAAGGUCACCGGUCUCACGCGCCGCCAGAGUUCAGAAGCAGUCGACGGAGGCAUCGGCAAAGUUGUACACAGGCGGAAACGUCUCUGAGGAGGACACGAGGAAAGAAGAUACGAGACCAUCCGACGGGUCAGAAGAACGCCGAAGACCGACACAAUCGGAGUCACGGGAGGUGCUGCCUCUUCCUUCCGCCCCCCGGAUACAAAGGAGAGGAGAGACUGACGUCGCGCGUACGCGGAUUGUGGACAAGAAGCAACAGGAAGUUCUCCAUGCGAAGGGCGAUCUCCCAACGGGGAAAGCAGCGCACGUUCAGCGGUUUCGGUCGGUCUUGAUCAUAGAAAGGCAGACUGACGAUGAGGACGAGCAAAAAAGUGGAGAGCACCGAGCAGAACGAGACCCGGACCGCUCUAGUCUGCGGCGCUUGCUUCAGGGCUCCCGCCUUCGCAUUGAAACAGAUGAAGAAUCGUCCGAGGAUGAGCGUCUCGCGCCUUCCGGUGGCUCUGUCCGCAUGCCUUCUUCCCAGAGCCGUUUUUCUUCGGGUUCUUCCGCCUCGUCGCAGUCUUCGUUUUCUUCGCCUUCUUUCAGUGACACAUCGUCAGGGUCGCGUCGGGAAACCGUUUCUCGGCCGCCGCAGAAGAGACGGAACAAGACGAAAAAGAAGAGGCACUGUGACAUACCACGGAGCGUCCCUGCAGACGCUUACUCCGAUGGCAGUGUCGCAGAGGAUAUGCGGAUGCUGCGUUUUGAGCGGCGGACGAGCGAAAAGAAGACGCCAGGCAGAAGUGCAGACAGAGAGGCAACUGUAGAAAAGACGGAAAGAGGAAAAUCGGCAGAAGCGCGAGCGAGAGACGAGAAACUAUGGAGAAGAGGCACUCGAGUUUUUAUGGAAGUCGUGACCGACACAGAGGACGAGUGGGGAGAGGAAACGACGGAGAUGACAACGACUGGGUGGAAGAAGUUCAGCGAGGACUCCCGUGUUCUCUCGUCGCUUCCGGGCAAUGACAUAUCUGAGGAAGUCGAUAAAACGCGUCAGAUCAGUGCCGAAAGCGGAGCCACAGCGAAAGGAGGAGCCCGAAGUCCGCGGGAGAAGCUCGAGGAACCAAGAGUAGCACGAGAAGCCGCCUAUCCCGAGCAACUGACAGCGAAGGUGCCGGAGAAUCAAGCAGACAAGGUCACCGCUCGGAGCGACGACAGAGUCGCGAGGCUGCCACGUGAAUCCAGCCAUAUAGCGCACUCUCACGAGAAGCUCACGGGAACUUUACACGAUCAAAAAUGGCGUUCGCCUCGCUCUGAGAAAGGAUCUAAGAGAACAGGCGAUGCAUCAUGCGCUCACACACCCGUGGGAGGCACCCACAGAGGCAGUGGAGGAAACCGCCAAGACUCCAAGAGGAACCAGCCACUCCACACACAGAAAGACGGAGAGGAAGGGGAGGGAGACGGGGGGGAAGCCAAUGAGGACCGCGGUUGCUCGGGGGACAUCCUUGCCAGGUCGAAGCCGAACACAAUGUGGCGAGCGACGCACUGGUGGAGAGCUGCCUUGGAGUCUUUCUUCUCAAUGUCGCUCCUGAGCAGCUACGAGCUUGUCGGUACCAAGGGGGCCGCGGGCGUUUUGCGGGGCGAAUUACCGGGACCGAAUUCGGUGUCUCUCUUGAGCAGCAAUUGGCACGACCGCCUUCAGUGGAGCUUCCGUCAGGUUGUCGAAGAGGCGCGAAGACUCGGAAUUGUGGCCCGUGAAAAAUGGGCAGACAAAGAACUCCUUCUUUGCAAGGAAAUCGGUUACUUCACUGCAGCGGCUCGGGCGGCGGCUGUCGUGCUGUCUCACACGCACCCGGCGGGAGAUUUCGAUGCGGCUUCGAACCAAGAGUUUUUAACGGCUGAGGGAGACGGCGUGUGGCUUCGGCGGGGCCGGGGGGCAGACGACACGGACAGAAAGGGUGCAAGCUUGAUACGAAAGGGAAAGAUGAGCCAAGCAAAGCCGGGAGUGGCGGGGUGCUUCGUGGAGGUCAAACCCGACAACCUGCCUGCAGUUUGGAGGGUCUAUAGACCGAAAUUCGAAGACGAUAAGGUCUUUGUUUUCGACAGUCUGGUCUUGACGGUCGUUCACGGAUCUCGACGACAUGGAGUUUCCACGCGCUCUGCUCGUAAGGUCUACGCCAACGAUUACAAAGGGCGGCAGGCUGCAGCAAGUGUCAUCUACCAGAUGAAUUUGACUGCGGAUCUCGCAUGCGAUGCAGAAGCCGAGGAAUUCCUAAUGUCCGAUGUUCACCGCCGGCACCUGCAAUUCGCCAGAAAAACGCAGGACCUCGACUUUGGCAGGACCGACUACGCUCUUCCCGUCUGUACUCUCGUCGACUAUGCUGGGCAACGCAUCAUGGUGGAACCUCUCAUGCCUAUCGAACCGGAGCCCGUGAACGUCGAAAAGGAGUUGGUGGAGAUUCUAAAGAAAGAAAUGCCCUUCUAUGUGCAACAGUGCAAAGCUCGCGGGUCGGAGUAUCUUGCUCUCGAUGCAGUCGACAAAGUCGACAGAAAGGUGGACCGAAAGAUGCGCUUCAUAUCCAAGUCUUUGAAUAUUUUUGGCUGCCCGUUCCCCUUUGGCCACUCUGACUUCGACUCCAAAUGCCGUAUUCCGCGAGCACACUUGUGGAGAUCGAGGGUCGAUCAGCUGUGCGUCCUCAGAAAUCUCCAGGAGCUCCUGCCUCCCGCUGUCAUCAAGGGAAAGGUUCAUCCGACACACCGAAUGAGAGAGCGAUUCGUGCAACAAAUCUUCGACAUUCCCCUUCCGAGCACGGCGGCAGCCCCCUGGACGGCACCGAAGGCUGAAAACACGAUCUCGAAGUUCCUGCAAACCACGAGACCUGGAAGUGGCUUGGAACUGCUUGAAGUUGCACACGACGCGCUCGUCGAAUGCGUUCAAGACGACCUGGUGCCAACGAUCGAGGCGCUUCACGUGAAUUUUCUGGACAGUUCAGAUGUCUCACAUGCUCUUCAUGAGCAAGGCGUCAACAUUAAAUCGUUAGGUCUCAUGUACAACCGAUUCGCAGGAGCUGUGUUCCGAGACGCCUCUCUCCGCGAAAUGUUGGCAAGAGCGGCCAAGCAUCUCUUCCUAAAGCAGAUGGAAGUGCUCGUGCGCAAGAAAGCCUAUAGAAAAGUUCUUUGGGUAGAACUCCUCCAGACCACCAUCGUCGCUCUCUUCAACAUUGUUUUGGGGACCACCGAAGAAACACGGAGCUUCUGGCAGGAACAACUCUUGCCCGAGGUUGCCGAAAUUUUCGGCGUCGAUUUGGUUGGCACCGUCACUCCGCGCAGCGUUUGUCACCCUUCGCUCUUCAAAGCGAUGGAGUUCCACCUCGGCGUGAAGUUCGAGGCGACGGUUUUUCAAAAGACGCAAACGGGUGAGAACGAGUCCCUGUUUCUUCAGUUGCCGUUCACACCCGCAGAUUUGUCGCACUUUACGUCGAUUCGCGAUGUGGCGCUGUUUCCCCACAUUGACUUCAUUCGCAACCUCGUCACGAACAAUACAAGUGCCUUUCCGGCGAGCGCAGCGCGUUCAGUAGAAGAGAGCAGAUUUCCUACUUCUUCGACGGUCGAUGACAGCCGAUCGAGAGAUGCAAGCGCCUAUCCUUUCGGCCAAUCGCCCGGGUCGGAGUCGGUGCAGAGGCAUCGAACAAAAUUUGGAGAAUGUACUGAAGUUGACUCGCAUUCUUCCUCUCUCUUCGCGCCCAGAGGAGAGAGGCUAUGGGAACAGAGGGACGGGGAUGUCGGUGAGAAGUCGCAGGAGGCGGAUGGGGGCCUGGUCCUUAACGUGUCGGAUGCUGGAAAAAAAACAGACACGACCCAAGCCAACAACGUGGCCUCUCUUCGCACGUUUUGCGGAUUUUUCCCGCAAGUGAAAACCGUCGUUCCUGCCUCACUCGGCAUUAUUCGCACGGCCCAGGAACAGGCUGAGAGAUUCCCCGUCACCAGGGAUAUCUCCCUGGAUGUCAAGAUCGAUCAAAUGAAAGCAGGUCUAACUCUCACAAGGCGACUCCCGAUGGUGUACGGAACAGCUGGCAUGGCCUCUCACGGUCUGAACGGGGCGAUCCGCGCUUCCGUCCUUGGCGUCGCAUACCCGUGUCAUCCUCACUGCGUCAUGUCUCUCAAGCGCUCCCCCACUCUUACUACGGAGGCAGCACGGGGAAGGGGCAAAGGGGUCCUUAGCCAGAGGGCGACAAGCAAGCGGGAUACAACGGAACUAGAGAAACGCCUACGGAAAAGUUGUCCGAAGGCACUGGGACAGACCGAGAGAUGCCUUAUAUUUGAAGGCUUCCGGAUCAGUCUGGCACUCUUUCUGACGCUGCACACGAUGGUUGCCAGCGACAUUGUAAAAAUCGGGAAAAUCGUUACUCAACUCGCAUACGUCCUUCUUCAGCACGGCGACACCAGACAGGCAAUUGCUGCUGCGGAGUAUAUCCACACCCGACUGCCCGAUAUCGGCUUUCUCCAUGGAGACGCGAAACUCCUUCAACUUCAGUGUCGAGCGAAAACAUCGAAACUGCACAGCAUGGUCCAGAUGUACAAGGAACUUGUUCCCGAUUUCCUCUUUUUCGAGGGCCCCCUGUCGCUUCGUCUGAUGCUCAUGGAGCUCCUCAUAGCCGCAGUUGCUUUUCAGCACAAACAGUACGCGGCCGCCAUUCCGCCGGGUCUCAAGGUUUACCACGCAUCUGCUCUGACUGUAAAUCCGAAUGGAUGUCACUGGACAGGCGUCGCAGCUCUGCGUCUCAUUGGAAAGAGUCUGAUGGAGCUUCGGCGAUUUUCUGAAGCGAUUAUGGUUUUGGAGGACGCCGUCCGUGGAGGACGGAAAGACCCGUCUCUCCCGUUUUUCGUCACCUGCAUGAACCGUUACUGGCUCGCUGUGGCCCUGUCGAAGGUCGGCAGGUUCCGCGACGCCAGGAAGGAGGCCGCUGGUGCCUUGGUGGUCCUGGAGGAUCGUCUUGGGGAAAACCACCCAGCAACGCUGUCCGCCCUCUUUUUUGUGGCGGAGUUGGAUCAAACGGUUGGCUGCGAGGACAUUGUGGCACCGCCUCUGAAAAUCAUGGACGGGGAAGACACUUUGCUGCGAGAGUUUGGAAAAGCUGCGUCAGUGGAUGUUGGGGAACUGAUGCUGUACCGGCCUAUCGGCCCGGAGGAUCUCGAGAUUGUUGAAAUGGUCGCGCGCGAUCGACGUCGCGGCAAGUCCAGACAGAGCGCCAUCAAGAACUUCACCACUCUCUUCAGGCGUGUCCUCAGUGGAGAAAAGUAUUUGCUUGUCACACAGGCGCAGUACCAGGACAGUCGGGACCAGGGGACUCGGCGGCUUCUCGCCGCAGUUAAGCACACCCUCACGGUCAAAAUGUGUGACCUUUCUCUUCCUAUUCAAAGGGCCGUCGCGUAUCGUCUGUACGUCCUCUGCGUCAGCCAGAGUGGCUCCAGUUUUCUAAGGAAACUGGCCGCCAUGGAUCGAGACGGUGUCAUGGGGAAGGACGAGAUCGAGAGAGAACGAAAAAAAGUGACGAAGCACGGCGACGACUCAAGUUUCGGACCGGGGAGUCACGCCACCGGUAGCAAAGCCGGAAAGGAUGCACAUAAAGACAAGGACUUGUCAGCACAUUUGGAUGACUGUUUUAUUUUUCACCGGGCCUCCUCCAAGUACGGAACGCGAAUUGCUCCCGACAGCGAAAUUCUCUCCACGGCGGUGAAAGCGGAUCCCAGCAGCCUUCCCAGUCGGGAGCACGGGAACCUGAUGAUGACGCUUUUGGUCUUUUCGCCGCCGACAUCUGACUUCGCAAGCAUGCUCGAAGAUUGCAUAGAGGACUGUCGCCAAGAACCAGGACUCGUCCCUGCGGUCUGGUUCGAUCGGCUGGUCGGGCGAAUCGUUGCAGAAAAUGGAACCCCGAACGACUUAGUGUGUUUCAUCUCGAUGCUCCGGGCGUUCUUCAGCCCCAUCCAAAAGCGCAUUUUUCUGUUUUUCUUGCAUGAGGAGUACGCAAGGACAGAUCUCGAUCCGAGUCUGUUUCACUCUCAUGCAGCCCGACGGGAGCUCUACAUUGAUACUGUACGGAAGCUCAUUCAAGUACGCAUGAAUAAUGCAAGAUUCCGAGAGUACCAGAGGCUGAAAAGGCUGCAGGAAAAAAACAAGAAGGAUCGGAAGAAGAGAAAACAGCAAAGCCACGGUAGUCUCACCUCCUUCGAUGUCACCGAAUCCGACUGGGCUCACCUCAGCUAUCUCGAAUACAAUAUCGAAAAGGAAGAUCCUUCCGACGCCGAGGAGUAUCUUGAUACAACAGGCCUCAUCAACGGAUGUGUGUGGAAUGGCAUUUCUCUUCAGAAUUUGAACGUUCGUUUAAGCGAACAAUUGAUUUACCAAGAUGCCCUCGAAAAAGAGUACACGUCAAAGGCAAACGUCCCCGGCAUGUCCAUCGUGAAAGGGAAGGACACCGAGAGCAUCACGGUGCUUGAAUCGGUAGUGGACCACACCGACCGGAGGCUCCUCGGAAAAGGUUGGAUUUCUGGGCGGACUUCCACCCGAGCUAUGGGCCGUGCUGCGGAGCUUUCGCUUCAGAAGUUUGGUGGCCAGGCAGGACUGGUCACGCAGUCUGUGUCCUCCGCAUGUUUGGCCUACAACUUGGAUAAAAUCGAGCGCCUCCCUGUGCCACGAGAAGAGGACGACCUAGCAUGGAGACUAGCGGUGGAGGGUGGAUUUCUGGCUUAAACUGGUUUCCUCAUCAGACACUUUGCAUUUUCAUAAUAGACAGGCUGGCGUGGAAACACGGCAGGACAACUGUAUACAUAUCGUUUGUCUGUGUGUAGAUAUCUACGUGUAUUCGUCGAAACCGGUGCCUGUGCAUAGCACAUGCGAGUUGCAUCCUCAACUAAUAUAUACGGUGUUGCUCGUUUGUCAGUUUUUCAAUCGCGAGCAGUGCCACAACCACUGUAUGAUGUCUAGGCUCA